CGGUAUACCCUUUUGCCUUUUAUUUUUAGCUCUAAGAUACCUUACAGUUUGGACAUUGACCGUAAUGUAAACAACGAAGAUAUUGCAGGGACUGUCUUCUGUUAGAUUUUUUUUCAUACCCUGGAUAUUCAGAUUUCCUGAUAUUAUAUUAGCUGAAUCAUGUUUGGAAAAAUGGCGUUCCGUUCUAUUGGAAGACUACAGACUGUCGUGGGUCAUUUACAAUAUGGACCUGCCUCUAGCGGACAGCUAGUCGCAAGGCCCGCCGCAGCUAUGGGGUCGCGCAACCAGUCAACGAUACCCCUCGUAACGGCAGAUGAAUGGUGGGGAAAGUGCAAGAAAGUCGACGUUUUGGGUGAGAAAAUGUCAUACUAUGAUUCGGAUCCUCAAAAUAGCAGCAGCAAGCAUGCAGUAGUCUUUCUUCACGGCAACCCGACAUCUUCUUAUCUUUGGAGGAAUGUGAUGCCCCAAGUAGAACCCAUCGCUCGAUGUCUCGCUCCAGAUCUUAUUGGACAGGGACGUUCCAACAAGCUUGCCAACCAUUCGUAUCGAUUUGUUGAUCACUACCGCUAUUUGUCUGCUUGGUUUGACUCUGUCAACUUACCAGAAAAGGUGAGCAUAGUGUGUCAUGACUGGGGUUCAGGUCUGGGCUUCCACUGGUGCAAUGAGCAUAGAGAUCGAAUUGAAGGGCUGAUCCACAUGGAGAGUGUUGUGGCUCCUGUCCCAGGCUGGGAUCGAUUCCCAGACAUGGCCAAAGACUUCUUCCAGGUUCUUCGCUCCGAGGCUGGCGAUGACUUAGUGCUGCAGAAGAACUACUUCAUAGAGCUUCUCCUCCCGAGGGCCAUCAUGCGUGAGUUACGUCCAGAAGAGAUGGAAGCUUACCGUGAGCCCUUCAAAAACCCCGGGGAGGACCGUCGCCCCACCCUUACCUGGCCCCGUGAGAUCCCCAUCAAGGGUGAUGGCCCAGACGAUGUAAUCGCAAUCGCUUCAUCCUACAAUGCCUGGCUCAAGGAGUCCGCUGAUCUGCCAAAGCUUUACAUCCAUGCAAAGCCAGGGUUCUUUAGUGAGGGGAUCAAGAAAGGCAUCGCAAACUGGCCGAAUCAGAAGACUGUCGAAUCUGAAGGGUUACAUUUUCUACAAGAAGAUUCGCCCAUCCAGAUUGGGGAUCAUGUCAAGGAUUUCUUGUCUGUUUUAUACAAAUAGGAAAAUCAGUUCUUGGAAUUUACCUUAUUCAAAAUUUGUUUUGAAAAGAAGUCUGAAAUAAUAUUCCUAAUUUGCUACAUCAAAAUAAUGAGUAAAUUUCAUCAUGGAUAGAAAGCUGUAACAUUCUUCCUAUAUGUUUCAAGACUGACUAUAAUUCCAUGUAUUAUGCACUUUAUGCAGUGUUCAUUUUGGAUCACAUGUCUUUAAUUUUGAACUCCAGCUGACCAAAUCUAUUUCCUAGAUAGUUGUGCUAGAAAUAAGAGCUGUCAUCAAAGUUUACUUACUUCAAUCUGAAAGCUCAGCAGUCGGCAUUACAGGUAUACAAACCCUUACAUGACUAUGUUUCUUUACCGAUAAUUAACCCAAUGAAUGCUGAUUUCUCUCAGUCCAAUAGACUCAAUAUAGGAUCAACCCAUCUCCGGUAGGCAAUGAGUUAAGUUGACCGUAGAGUAACAAAUUUCUUCUGAAGUAGUACUGAAGAGUCUUCAGCAUUUGAUUUCAUAUGCUGUCUGUAACGAGACCUUCAAAUAUUCUGAGAAUAUUGCUUUAUAAUAGAAUAUGCUAACUGCUUACCAGUAUUAACAUUUUCAAAUUGUUUGCAAAUGCUUUUGCACUUUCUUUAGGCUCAUAAAGAAUGAUUAUGUCCAAAAUUAUUCCUAUACAUGUAUUCCAGUCCACUAAUUUUGUAAAUCUAAUGGUAAAUGUCUCUUGUUAGUUCAGUUCUUCAUCUACAUGAUUUAAAUAAUGACCAGGGUAUUAUUAUUAUCAUUAUUUAUUCCUUUUGCUUACGGUUGCUUGCUUCUGAAAUUAAAUGUGUACUGAAAGUUAAUACAGGAAUAGCCCUUGCACAUGUGUCUAUUUUGUUCUUUAUGCACAGCCAUUAGAGCACCAUGGGUAAACAGUGUGAGGUAUCAUUUUGUAGAUGUGAUUGCCAAUACCUGUACAUUUACACCAGUAAUUAGUCUAGCACUAAACAAGUAUUUCCAUUUGCAUUCUUGCAUAAAUUUGUUUACAGACCGGUGAAGUAUAUAUGUGAUCUUUGAAUGUACAUGUAAUUAGUUUUGUGUUUAGAAGUAAAUGUUAAAAUGACAUAAAAGUUAUCUAUUUUGUAUUUUUUACAAACCUUGUAUUGUUUUCUUCAUGCUAUGCAUGACAAGAGAAAUAAGGUUUAUGUGAGAUGCUAAUUAAGAAUGCCUUCAUGAUUAAUAAAAUAUAAUGCAAUUCUGA